CCCGAUCCUCCAAGCACCGACCGUAGCCUCGCUCGCAUGGAGACGCGACCCCAAGGCCAAGGCCACGGCCAUGUCGCACUCACCAACGGCGCCGCGGCCGAGCAAACUGCCUCGCCGUCAAAACACCAUGUCUUCGACACCGCGCUGUUCCCGGCCCUCGAGACCGGCGCCAGGCCGUCUGGCAGCGUCGAGCAGAUGCAGCGCGAGGAUCCCUUGGCCGCCCAGAUCUGGAAGUUCUUCAGCAAGACCAAGGAGCAGCUGCCGAACCAACAGCGCAUGGAGAACCUGACCUGGCGGAUGAUGGCCCUCGAACUGCGCAAGCGCCAGCAGCAGCAGCAGGACCAGGAGCGGCAGCAGAGGUCCCUCUUGCUCUCUGCGCAACCACAAAACGCCCCCAGCGGCAUUGCCCAGCAGCUCCGAAGCACCUCGGACAUCCAUGACCCCAGCGUGGAUGCCAUGAACAUCGACGACUUCAUCUUUGCCGACGAGGGCGCCGUUUCCGUCCCCGACAGCUCACCGCAGCCUCUUGCAGCGCCGAAGAACAGAUCAUCCAAGGCGCUGGCCGCCGCCAUCCCCAUCAAGGGUCGCAAGGGUUCUGCCAAUCAGUUCGUGGCCCAGUCGGUCCCCGUUCCGCCACAUCACCAGCGGGGACAGAACGAUGAAUUCCAUUACGUCCCGCGCCAUGACAGGAAGACCAGUAUCGAUGACCGCCGGACUCGAAAACGACCUGCCAACUUCUCUCCUCAUAUGAGCGCCAUCAACCCCAGCUCAUCCGCCCUCACCCUCGACUUGGAAAACGACCCUGAGCUCAAUGGAUACUCUCUCGACAACUCCAACGCCUUGUCGUCCAUGCAGCAGCAAAUGACCAACAACCAAGCCUCUGCCUUCAACCUCGAUACCUUCAUGGACAACGACGGCGUUAUGGGCUCUACUGCCCACUUCCAAUCCAACUUCUCAUUCUCUCCCUCGACGUCUCCCAUGAUGCACAGCGGGCCGUUUUCCUCCAUGUACAACAACGCCUCCCUUCAUUCCUCUCUCAACAACCCCGACUUUUACUCCCCAACUGGCUCGGGUUAUCCGUCUGCUACAUCCACACCUCACCCGAUCAACGACAACGAUGGUGGCGUUUACUUUGGCUCCUCUCAGGAUCUGCAGCAGCAGCACCACCACCACCAUCAACACAUCAGCCACCAUCACAUGAACCAGCAAUUCAUGUACGGCGAUUCCAACGGCGGCAGCAACAGCAACGGCGCCAACUUCCCCUCGACAAGUACGGGCGUGGAAGCAGUGUCGGCGUAUAGCACCGCCCCAAACUCAUUUGGCCACAUCGAUCCCAGCCAAGUCUUUCAGACGGAUUCCCAGGUCGCAUCUCCAGUCUUGCCAAUGCAGCAAGGCAACAUGCUUGGCUUCGGGGGCGAUGAUGACGACGAGGAUGCCAACACGUUUUUGGACCGUGGCGGCGUUGGCCUCCACGGCGACUUUACAUCUGCUGUCGACGAGGCGGGAUCGUUUGGCUGGGAUGCCUCGCUUCCCGGGCAGUUUAGCACGCAAGCCGCCCGCUUUCCUGGCGGCCCGACUCGCAAGCAUGUCCAGAUUGGAGGCGUCACGACAACUGAUUACGUGGACAACAGCGGCGAUUGGGACGGCCAGGGCCUGAGCAUGAGCCGAUCGCACUCGCAGACGCACUCGCAGACGCUUGGCAUGGGGGCCGACAAGCGACCAAACAGACUUCCUCGCAACUCGUCCACGCCCUCGCACAUGACAAACAAGCACAGCGGGUUCGAACAAAUCGCCCAGUCUCUUCCCAGCUCUCCGGGCGGCAACGCCGCUGGUAACGCUUCGGGCUUCUCGUCGGUUGCGCCAAGCAGGCCGCCCUCACCGCCCCCAAGCUCCAAGCAUGGCUCUACCACCAAUCUGCCGGCGGCGGGUGCAAACGCUGGCGAGAACGGCAAUCCCACCACCUGCACCAACUGCUUCACGCAGACGACUCCGCUGUGGAGACGCAACCCCGAGGGCCAGCCUCUCUGCAAUGCCUGCGGCCUCUUCCUGAAGCUCCACGGCGUGGUGCGACCACUCAGCUUGAAGACGGACGUCAUCAAGAAGAGAAACCGGGGAUCUGGCAACAACCUGCCCGUAGGAGGAACGAGGAAGAAGGCCGGCACCGGCUCCAAUGCCGCCUCGAGGAAGAAUUCGACGCUGUCCAUGUCUGCUGCCGCAGCUGCCGCCGCCGCCGCCGCCGUAGCUGUGCCCGUGGUGAACAACCAGGCAGCCGUAUCACCGCCGUCAAUGAACCGCCCCAGCAGCAACAAAGAUGCCGACAGUCCCACUAGCAGUGGAAACUUCACCGCGGGAAGCACACCUGGAAGCCAAUAUGGGGGAGCAGCCAUUGUAGGCGGCAAAGGCGUCGUGCCAAUCGCUGCUGCACCGCUAAAGACGGCGCCUGGACCCGGUGCUUCCUCCAUGUCUCGACCGGCCACGGCGCCGUCAAAGAGACAGCGCAGGCACAGCAAAAGCGAAAGCACGGCAAACUCAUCAGCCAUGGACCUUGACAGUCCUUCAGAAUCUGCCCCGCGACCUCUUGGCACGACUCCCAGCAUGCCUUCCAUCUCAAGCACGAUGAUGUCAAGCACCAACUUCUCCAUGGGUCAGCGCUCCAUGAUGGGAUCCAGCAUAGGAUCCAACAUGGUAUCGAUGGGCGGCACUCAGUCCGGCCUCGUCAGUGGCGCUGGUGGCUCGUCAGGACCCCAGGAAUGGGAAUGGCUGACUAUGAGUCUUUGAAAGAAUUGUCCUGUUAAACCAUCAACCACGAUGCCUGGACAGAAGCUUUAGAUUUUCACGAGCACAGGGCUUGCUUGUGAAUGCUUGCUGUACGACGUAUGGCUAGUAAAGUUUUUCUUUUUUUUUUCUUCAACCUUAACAUGUUUUAUCUCUUUUUUUUUCUUUUUAGUCGAGUGAGAGAUUUCACAAAAGACGGCGGCCUCAGAAGAAAGAGCGGAUAUAUUUGAAGAGAGACGACGACUAGUUUACGUCGCUGGUAAUGCAGGCGGCUUGGCUUGAUUGCUUUAUUUAACGAAAGAGUCUUAUCACGACGUCGAGGGAACAAGGGCGUAUAUGAAUGGGCAUCUCCAUGGCGUGUUGGUUCGAGCAAUGAUACCUGGGUCUGAAUUUUUAUUUUUGGUGUCUUUUUUUCUUUUUUUCCUUUUUCCUUUUUGCUUUCUUUGCAAGCAAGAGUCGGCACACAGUCUGGUAAUAAGUUUUUUUUUUAUCUGGGUGGAAUAACAUGGGCGGGAAAACAUUCGAGAAAGCGUUUUUAUAGUAUUUUUAUUCCAUCAGCGCUUUAAUCACUGGCACAGCAAGAAAGGAGCGCGCGCGCUGCUUCCAAGGAGACCCAACAUGGUACUUUUUGAAACCGCGAGGCCUCAACAGACGAAACUGUCCAACUUUAGGGAAAGGACUUUUCGCACUCUUUUAAGCCGAGUUUAGAGGAAAGGAAAGCUGGUCGAUGAUAACGCUACGGAGUUUGGCCUCUCGCCGCAUGAGAUGGGAUGAUGUUUUUGUCUUUUUUUUCCUUUUCUUUUCUUUUCUUUUCCUUGAUUUAUUCUCUUUUCCAUACACUGAGUUUUGGAUAAUGGUGGCGGCGCUGGCUCGUUUAUUUUCCUCAAUCGAUGCCCUGAAGGCAGCCUCUUUUUUUUUACCUUAUUCCCUUUUAGAUGACAGAGAUGAGUUUUAUUGUUAAAUUUUUGGAUCGGAAUCAAAGACUAGUGUUGAGAAAGCCAUGUCCCAGCUGCGAGACAGACCUGUGAUGACGAGAAAGAUGUUUGAAUCUUUGAUGAUGAAGAAGAUGUGUGAUGACAAAGAUUCGUGGUGAUGACGCUAAUAAUCAAUAGACGAAAUCUCCCUCUUUAUGCAAUGGACGUCACGCCAAACCCGGAUACAAAGCCAUACAUUUGAUUCAUCUACCUGUGUACCAUAUACUCAUACUCGUUACUCCUACAUGAAGGGAUUCUCAAAACAACAAGAAAAACAGUCCCAUCGCCAUUCAUCCAUGGGCGGAGACUAUUCAUACCCAAUAUGCCACACACACACACGCAAUGAAAAUAACCCUUGUCCUGGCAAAUUCAGCCCACCACCCCGGCCAUGUUUCCAACCAAUCUUUUUUAUUCUUUCAAUGCCAUCAAG